CACGUCUUCCCGGGAAAGUUGUCAAAAGGAACAUGAACGUCAUCCACUGACCGACGUUCUUAUUUGGGUUUAAAUAGGUCAAGAGCAAUUAUAUUUAGAGAGCACACAAGGCACUACAGACAAGAGGGCAUGUUUCACCAGAGCGAAUACAUUGUUCCUGAAACAUACCUUCCUGAUGUGAUGGGAAGGGUACCCAUGGAAAGGGAGUCAGUCAUGGGUACUCACCAGCGACCUUUGUUAUCUCCACUGAAGGCAGUAAGACUAGUAAAGAAGCCAAGAAAAAAAGCCUUCCCUUAUGUAUGUCAUGUAGCAGAGUGCGGCGAAAAAUUUUUUAACAGUCAUGGCCUUGAUACACAUUUGAAGUUACAUUUAGGAGUGAAGCCUUUCACUUGCAAUUUAUGCGGUAAAGUGUGCCAGACUGAGAGUAAGCUCAACGCUCAUCAAGCAUCUCAUGCAAAUGAUGGUGUGAAACCGGUUUGUGAUAUUUGUGAAAGAAGUUUUUCUAGUCGAAGUUCAUUGAGCAAACACAAGAAAAUGCUUCAUAAACCCAAGCCUCACAUCUGUCCAGAGUGUCAGUCUGGAUUUGAAGAGCGCAGAUACAUGGUCAUUCACGCAAAGCAGGCGCAUAAUUUAGAUAUUCCCCUAGAAAACAGUAUAAACAAUUCUUUCUCCUGUGUUGCAAACUGUAGUACAGAUUUAAAAAUUGUUAGCUCUCCAGUUGGCAAUUCAAAAGGCUGCUUCAAGGAAAGUGUAAAUCUUCCAGAUAAUAUGGAUGGAAAUACUUCAGCACAAGUUAAUGCUUUGUCAGGCAACUCAACUAAUCACCAUGAGAAACCUCUGGAACCUAUUGUAGAAUCUUCAGUCAUGAAUAGGAGAGAUGCUUCUAUAAAUUGUGACUUUUGUACCUCUACAUUCCCUUCAGUAGCCUAUUUAGAGCAGCAUAUGGCAGUUCACAUAAAUGAAAAAACUUUUACUUGUCAACUUUGUCCAGUAAGGUUUGCAAAUCAUGAGGGCUUAGCUAAUCAUAUGAAAAUACAUGGGACUGAAAACAAACACUUGAAUUCAUUCACAAAUGUUGAAAUAAAGUGUCCACUGACUUCUGAUAAGUAUAUCUGUGCUCUAUGCAAAGAGCAUUUUGUGAAUCUCGGUAGCCUCAAACGUCACCAGGCAAAGGGACACUGCACCCCUACAUUACAUAAUGGAGACUAGUAAAGUACUUUCUUUAAUGUACAUAGGGUUAAUGAUAAGUUUAUACGUGCAAGACACUCAAAAUUGACAUUUUUCAAGAACUGUAUAUCAAGUAGAAUCAGCCUUGCAGAAAAAGUGUAGCUUCAGCUUUAAUGAUUUUUGCCAUCAAGAACUUCAUGAUUUUUGAGGAUUAGAUAUAGUUCUAAUAAAGUUUAUUUGGGAUAAAUCUUACCUACUGUUAAUGACAGCAUACAUCUCCUUGCUGAUAGACGAGGAGAUAUAAGCUUUCUUGAACAUUAGAAGGAAUAAAACCAUUUGGACUUUUAACAUACCAUAGAUGUAAAUCUACCCAAUGAACAACUGGAAUUUAAGAAUGAGGACCAUAUGUUUCCAAACAGUGACAUCUAAAUUCCUGAGAAGCUUCAGAGGCAGAAUUCUUAUUAGGAGUCAUGAGUAAGUACCUUUUAAAUUGUAACAUAUUGAUUGGUACAUAGCAUACUUUCAAGGUAUGUAUUUGUGCCAUGCCAUCAUUUAUUUUUAUCAAAGAAACCUGCAGCAUUGGACAACUUCAUUAGGUAAUAGUGUGUUAUACACCAUAGCAUGGAUUAAGCAAAACUUUGGUCACUGGUGCACCUGAACACUAAAUGUCAUACUUAGUUAAUCAUAUAAGGAAGUGCCAUACUUGAACAUAUUUAUAGGUUUCUUAGGGUUACAUUUAAUUAUACGUAUAUUUUUGUGCACACUUCAGUUAUUUAUAGGAGCAGCUUAGAAUAUUUUAUAUAAAAAACAUAAGUACAUGUAGAAAAGAACCUGUAUAAAAACACUAAAAAUAAUGAAUCUAGACUGAUUCAUGAUGAAAACUAAAGACCCUUUAAACAAACUUUUUAAGUAGUAACUUUCUCAACUUAACAGACUUCUGUGUUAUCAUGGUUAUUUUUUGUGGUGCUGAUACAUUUUUAGGAAAAUGUUAAAUUGAAUGUUAAGAGUAAAUUAUAGGUUAGUUUAGGGUGAGAACUAUGUGGAAUUUCUAUUAGAUGUAAAAAUUUGAGAAGUUACUCAAGUGCAGGAUGUAAUAUAGGGCCUUUAUUCUUUCACAGAUUUUGUUACUUCUCAGAAAGCCAGACCUCUAGUGUGUUAAGUUGAGGUGCUACUUUGGAGUAAGCACACAUGGAUCCAUAGUACAGAUGUCUAUACAAAACCCAACCUUAUAUAGUACACUUUUCCUUUUUAAAGUUGUUUACAGAAUAAUAGUUGCAAGUGCUAUCCAUUAACAAUUUGCAUUUUUCUUUAUUGAGGCCCUAAAUGUGUUGCCAUCCAUUUUAAGAAACAUGGUAUCAUGAAGGUGGCAGUCUUUCCGUUGGUCACAGAACACUGUAUUAGUAUGCUAUGAUCAUUGUAGUCUACUGUCUUUGUAUUGCACUUAUUUUAUGGAAAAAUGAUUUUUAGGUCUCCAUUAGAGUAUAGGACAUUACUUCUAAACCUUACAUCUGGAAAUGCAAAGUUGCCAAAAUGUAAAUAUUAUAGACUUGAUAAGAACACCAACAUAAUUAAGCAGAUAAUACCAUAUCCUCCCAAAAGUUCAACAUCACUUGCUUUAUCAAUAAAUUUUAGAAUAAAAAUGUAGUACAUGCACAUUAUAGUACACAGCUGAUAAGAUACAGUAAUUUUGCCAGCUACAAAACCUCUUCGUUAUUUAACAUCAUGAUACCAACAUAUUUUUUUUUUAAACAGCUUACUUUAGUCUUGUUUCCUGCUGUUACUUGGUUAUUGAAACAGUAAUUUGACUUUUAUAUUUAACUUCAGUUUUGUUGAAGCAGUUAAUAAUUAGACGUAGUAGAAUGUUGUUUCUUAUCUCAAAGUCUGUAAUUAAGCUGUGUAUGGGACAUCUUUCCAGAUAAGGUUUAAGGUGUAAAUACCAGGUUGAGAGAAAUGUAUUAUAGAAAGCAAGGAACAGUUUAGGCUUUUAUACUGUAGUAUAUAGUGAAUCUAGAAUGUAUUUUAUAAUUUGUUCAAAGGUUACACAGGAAAACAACAACAGAGAAAGGAGUCGAUGUUUUAUUACGCAAAUUUAAAAUUGGAAGAGAUACAUACACACAUUUCCAUAAGAAGAUGGUUUUAUAGUGCCCAUGCGAGAUCCUAUUCGGAGUUAAUCUUAUCAAAUAUAUUAGUUUACACAUCAGACUAAAAACAUAACCAUUAUCACCCUUUUUAGUUGGCAAAAUAUCAUCAAAGGCAACUCUCUAAAGGAACCUCUGUGUCUGAUUCUGGGAGAGCUCCAAAGCAGAUCCAAUGGGCACUUACUUUGUGAUGUUAGGAACUUGUCAUUUUAUACUCACAGAUGCAACUGUUCUCUCCAUAUAGAAUUGUCAGAGAUGUCAAAAUACAAAUCAAAAGAGAUAUCAUUAUUGUCUUGGUUUAAAAGGUGGCAAAAAUAUUGGAAAAUUUUAUUUUUGUAGCAAUCACAAGUUUAUUGUCAAAAAGGGAUGGGAAUAUACAGAACAUGGUACUCCUAAAUCUAUUGAUAUAUCAACACACUAAGGUAGAACUUAAAAGUAAUUGUAAUUACUGCCAGAAUAAUGUUUGACCACACAUCAUUGCUAGAACAGAACAGUUGUACAAGUUAUAUAAACAGCAGCAUUAGAGUACUGUAGGGUUACCAUCACAGGGGUGUUAUGAUACGGAUAUUUAUGUCAACAAUGUCAACCAAAACAUGUUAAUCUGGGAACCGUGAGUAUUUCUGCAAAUUCCAGUCCUGCUAAGCAUUUAUCACAAUCUAGUCAACUACAUCAGUUAAGAAAUAGGUGUUGACAUCCAUAAUUUUGAAUACAUACCUAGUAUGGAGUCUGACUUAGUGGUGGUUUCAGCAAAGCAGUACUGGAGUAUGUUAUUUUUUUUGUUAACCUUACAAAUAUUUGUACAAUUUUUGGAAGUUUGUAACUUCCAUAUCAGUGAAGCGAAGCCACUUCUUCCUUAAUAGGUUAGCUUAGUGAUUCUUCGUGUUGUUCAAAAGGAAAAAUGUUUCUUAUCAAAUCAGUGCUUAGACGCACACACUAGUCAGGCAAAUUCAUCUUCCCAUAAUGAUAGUGUUAUAAAUAAUCAAUCAUAAGUCAUACAGUUAACAAUAUACACCUAAAAGUCUCAUGUUACAUACUGAGUGUACAAACUCAAAACCUUAAAGCUAUUCAUUCUACAAAUUGCUGGACAUUUUUUUUUUAAGGAAAUAUAGGUACAUUACAAGUAAUAAGCACUGCACCUCGGCAAGUUGAAUUCUUUAGUUGCUGUAUCAGGAAAAAAGAUAAUUUUUUAAAAUUCAAUAACCGGACAUCAUUAUGCCCGGUUUCUUUUUCUCUCUCAACUUGUUGCAUGUUAUUGUUACACUAAUUAGCUCAAGGCAACAUUAAUGGGGCAGGGCACUUUUUUAUUUAUUCUUUGAUAAGUUUUUUUGUAAAAAAUAUCACUUGGGGAUCAAAAACAACUAAAUCUUUCAUCAACACACCACUUGUGACUUAUAAUGCUAAUGUAAAAUUAUUCUACUGUCUCAGGUGCACAAGACCACUCACUUAAACUCCAGUUAUCAGUAUAUCAAGCAGGUGACUGUAAACCUAUAUCAGAUAUGAAAUUGUACACUUGUAACAAACUUUAAAAUAUCUAUCAUACUGUAAAAUGCACCAUGUUACUAAUAAUAUUGUUAAGCUGCACUUACUUUUAACAGUAGGUAAUACCCAUCUAGUUUUAGGGUAUCAUGUUGAAUCUAUGGCAAUACAUUUUUAUCAGAAUGGGAGAUAAACUCAGCCAGACUAGAUGACCUAAUGUGACAGAUUGUUUAUUAAGAUCAGCAUACCACAACAGGAGAUCAGAUAAACUUUAGUACAAUAAAGAAUCAUUACAUCACAACAGGAGAGUUAGUGUAACCCCAGGGAUGGGCUCAAUGUAUCAGUGGUUAGUCUAUAUAUCAGUGGUAAAUAUAUAUUUAUAUAAAAAAAAAAGUUACCACAUCACUCAUAGAUACCUUAUGCCACAUUGGUAGAAGUAGCUUCAUUUUGAUUAGCAAAUGCAGCAUUAUGUCUUGGACAUAAAGGAAAGUACAUAUACCUACAUCAACUGUACAGUAUUAGAUGCAUAAACAGGUCACUGGGGACCUCAUCUCGGCUACACAGUACACACAAGCAGCAGCUACUAGGCUGGAAUAUUUUAGAACUGUCCAAAGCGGCACAUUGCCUCACCACUUCAACUAUUGGCACAAAAUAAAUAUCACAGAAUAAGAA